AUGAUUCCUUCUUUCAUGAAUCGGGGCACCCUGUCCCUUCUGGCAGUGUCGCUUCUUGCGUCCUCUGCUGCCGCAGAGGUAUUCGAGAAGUUGUCUGCUAUUCCUCAGGGAUGGCAUUACUCCCGUACUCCCCGAGGAAACCAACCCAUUAAGCUGCAGGUAGCCCUGGCGCAGGGUGACACGGCCGGGUUCGAAAAAGCCCUCUUGGAUAUGUCCACCCCUGGAAACGAGAACUACGGCAAACACUUCCGCACACACGAUGAAAUGAAACGCAUGCUUCUCCCGGAAGCUGUAUCUGUUGAAGCUGUCCGCGAGUGGCUGGAGGGUGCUGGCAUCACCGAUAUUCAGCAAGAUGCGGACUGGAUGACCUUCCACACGACCGUUGAGACGGCCAAUGACCUAUUGGACGCCAACUUCCAAUACUACAUUAAUAAUGUGAAGCAUGUCGAGAGACUCCGGACGCUGGAAUACUCGAUCCCGGAUUCUCUGACAUCCCACAUCAACCUUGUAACUCCCACUACUCGUUUCGGUCAGCUGCACGCCAACCGUCAUCAUAUGCACAGCAAAGCAGUUGCCGCCGACCAGGCCUUCAGAAAGGCUGCUGUUGCCGAACACGACUGCAACACCGCCAUCACUCCCCAAUGUAUAAAGGAUAUCUACUCUGUCGGCGACUACAAAGCUAAUCCGAACAACGGCAACAAGGUUGCCUUUGCGAGUUACCUCGAGCAAUACGCACGAUACGCCGACCUCGCGAAGUUCGAGCAAGACCUUGCUCCUUGGGCUGUGGGCGAGAACUUCAGCGUCAUCGAAUACAGCGGUGGUCUUAAUGACCAGAACUCUCGCUCAGACAGCAGCGAAGCCAACCUCGAUCUCCAAUAUAUUGUCGGACUCAGCGCCCCCGUCCCAGUCACGGAAUUCAGCACAGGAGGCCGCGCCCCCUUAGUGCCCGAUCUGGACCAACCCAAUCCAAACAAUAACAACAACGAGCCUUACCUCGACUUCCUGCAGAAUGUCGUCAAAAUGUCUGACGAAGAUCUGCCCCAGGUCAUUUCAACAUCCUACGGCGAGGAUGAACAAUCCGUCCCGGAGCAGUAUGCUCGCUCUGUCUGCAACCUCUACGCCCAGCUCGGUUCCCGUGGCGUCUCGAUCUUAUUCUCAUCAGGCGACUCGGGCGUCGGCGCAGCUUGCAUGACAAACGAUGGAAAGAACACAACCCACUUCCCACCGCAGUUCCCAGCCGCUUGUCCAUGGGUCACUUCCGUCGGCGCAACCACAGGAAACAGCCCCGAGAAAGCAGUCUACUUCUCAUCCGGCGGAUUCUCCGAUCUCUGGGAUCGUCCCUCUUACCAGGACGCCGCAGUCUCCACAUACCUCCAGAAACUCGGAACCAAGCAAGCCGGCCUCUUCAACGCCAAUGGCCGUGCAUUCCCCGACGUCGCAGCCCAAGGCGAGAGCUACGCUAUCUAUGAGAAAGGAGCGCUCACCAAGGUAGAUGGAACAUCCUGUGCAUCGCCCGCAUUUGCGGGAAUCAUCGCUCUUCUCAAUGACGCGCGCAUCGAGGCCGGAAAACCUACAAUGGGCUUCUUGAACCCAUGGCUGUACGGUGAUGGUCUCGCCGGCUUGAAUGAUAUCAUCUAUGGUGGAAGUACGGGAUGUGACGGACAAUCUCGAUUCGGUGGUUCGGCGAAUGGGGGACCUGUUGUCCCGUAUGCUAGCUGGAAUGCGACGGCGGGAUGGGAUCCUGUUACGGGAUUGGGAACUCCUAACUUUGCGACGUUGAAGAACAUUGCUCUCGGCAAUUAG